AUGAAGGUCGCCAUCGUCUCCGCCGCCCUGCUCGCGGGCCUUGCCUCCGCCACCGCCGUCGACGUUGAGCGUCGCCAGCAGUCGGUAUCUUUCCCCGGCCAGCCUACCACUAUCGAGGGCGCACCCCUGCCGACCCUCAGCGUCGGCACGGCUUCCAACUCGGCCGCCAGCUCCGAGUCGGCCUCGGACGGCGCGACGGGCACCGCGACCGGGUCCGGCGCCGCCUCUUCGAGUGGUGUCAGCACCGGCAUCCCCACCGGCCUCACCAGUGGUGUGACUGGCACCGGCAUUGUGACCGACACCACCGUCAACGUGACGCCCAGCCCCAGCUCUAACGUCACCAUCACCACGGGCCGAACCCCGGGCACCACCACCGCGCCGUCGUUGUCAUCCGGCACGACGACGGGCCGCCGCACGGGCUCAGCCUCCUCCUCCCGCACCGGUAGCAGCUCCUCAACCUCCAACCCGGCCGCCCAGGCCACCGCCGGCCACGCUGUCGCCGGCAUGGCCCUGCUCGCGGGCCUCGCCGCCGCUCUGUGA